AUGCCCGGAGGUCUGUCCGGCACUCCGAAGCAAUGCUUGCAAAUGCUUAUGAAUGCUGGGAAGGAACCGGAAGGAGGUAAAAGUGAGGGGUGGUAUGAGUGUGCGGAUGGAAAGGCAAAGGAACAGUUUUGGUAUCUGCUUGCACGUUUUGACUGUUAUUUGGUAUGGUCGGAUGUUCGCGCAUUCACGGGUUUUGCCGACGUUCUAUCGGAAUUGCUCAAGGCGUUGCAUUGCUUCCAAGCAGUGUUGCAUUUGUGUGAGGCAGAGAUCAGUUCAAAGCUGGGUGCUGGCGAAGUGCGUGUUCGUAUUCUCGCGUCGCCCAUCAAUCCGGCUGAUAUCAAUCAAAUACAGGGUGUUUAUCCAGUGAAGCCGCCACUUCCUGCUGUUGGUGGUAACGAAAUGGUCGCCAAAAUUGAGGAAACGGGUAGUGAUGUAAGUCAGUUGACUGUUGGCGACUGGGUCAUUCCGUCACGUUCGGGCACUGGGACAUGGCGAACAUACGCUAACAUUGCCGAGAAAGAUCUGAUAAAGAUUGAUAAUAAUCUUCCGCUCGAUGCUGCUGCCACAUUUCAGGUCAAUCCUCCUACCGCUUAUCGUAUGUUAAAGGAUUUUGUUGAGCUGAAACCUGGUGACCUGGUUGUACAAAAUGGUGCCAAUUCUUCUGUCGGCAGAGCAGUUAUUCAGCUUGCCAGGAAUUGGGGUUUGCGAACUAUAAAUGUUAUACGUGAACGGCCAGAUUUCACAGAAAUUGCGAAUGAACUGAAAGCUCUUGGUGCCAAUGAGGUUUUCACCGAAAAACAACUGAAAGAAGCAAAGGUCAAAAAUGCUCGUCUGGCGCUGAAUUGUGUUGGCGGCCGCGGUACUUUGUUCCUCAUUGGCUGUUUAGGAAAUGAUGGUAUCAUGGUCACCUAUGGUGGUAUGAGCAAACAGCCAAUACAGGCACCAACAGGUCCGUUCAUUUUCAAAAACAUUCAACUUCGCGGAUUCUGGAUGAGUCAUUGGUAUACAAUGGAAGAGAACAAAGCAGAACGAGAUGUGAUGUUCAAGGAGCUCGCUGACUUGGUUCGAGAUGGCAAAUUUCGGCCGCCAAAUUUUGAUAAAUUCAAAUUGGAAGACUGGAAAAGUGCGAUAGCCAAUACUAUAAAUUCGGUCGAAAGGAAGCAAUUAUUUGUUCACUGA